AUGGAAUUUGUUUUGUCCCUAAUAAGUUCUUGCCUACCUUGCUUCCCCGACUUGUCCUCUCCCUAUAUAUCGAUAAAGAACAAUAAAUAUAAGAUCAUUAGAUUGUUGGGAGAGGGGGGAUUCUCAUAUGUCUACCUAGUUUCUCAUAAGUCUAAUAACAACUCGUUAUAUGCAUUGAAGAAGAUCAGGUGUCCAUAUGGAGCAAGCGACGAGUCAUACAAAAAUGCUAUGAAAGAAAUUAGAAAUUAUCAUAGAUUCAGCAAUUCCAAAACACCAUACAUUAAUCAAUCAAUCGAAGAAGACAUUGUUGAUCAAAAGGAUGGGUCUAAAACUGUUUACAUAUUGAUGCCAUACUUCGCUAAAUCACUCCAAGAUAUAAUCAAUUUCAAUGUCUUAAAUAAUCAAUCAAUGGAGGAAGACGAAAUAUUGAGAAUAUUCAUCGGUAUUUGCCGAGGACUAAACGUGAUGCACAAAUUCAAGCGGUCAGGAAGAUCCGUAGCAGCAGUAUCAGACAAUCAAGACGAUGAUGAAGCGGAUUUUCUUCUUCCGGAGGUGAGCGACGAUGAAGAAUAUGCAAACAGCACCUCAAAUGGGACAGAGUUGGAAGAGUUAACGCCUUUUGCUCAUCGAGAUAUCAAGCCGGCAAAUGUAAUGUUGUCAGCAGAGGGAUUACCUGUUCUCGUUGAUCUAGGCUCAUGUACCAAAGCUGUAAUAGUCGUAAAAAAUCGCCAGCAGGCUCUUACAUUAACUGACUUUGCUCAGGAGCAUUGCACCCUUCCAUAUAGAGCACCCGAAUUACUUGAUGUUGCUACCAAUUCAGUUAUUACAGAGAAGACUGACAUAUGGUCUCUAGGAUGUUUAUUGUAUUGUUGUUGCUUUGGCUUUUCGCCUUUUGAAAAAAUGGAAAUGGACCAGGGUGCUAACCUUGUCAUGGCGAUUUCUCAGGCUACAUAUAAAUUUCCGUCAGAUACCACAGGUUACUCUCAGGAAUUGCUUGGUAUAAUAAAGGAUUGCUUGGUUCUCGAUCCUGUAAUGAGGCCCUCAGUUGAUGAUUUGAUGGAGAGAGCUUUGACCUUAUCCAAUGUAUAG